AUGGUCGUGAUGGCGCGUUACGCCGGCGAGUCGGGCAUGCGGCCUUUUCUGUCAAUGGAUGGUGAUGCGGCGUCAGCAGUAAGCGGCGACGCAGUGGGCGACACCAUCGACGACGCAGUGAGCGACGCUGGCGAGGAAACGUUUCUCUUCCCCACGCCUCCGCGCAGCCCACGCGAAGGCUCCAGCGCGGCGCUCGGAUUCCGCCACCGCCGCCGCUGCAACUCGUUCAGCGGAGCUCAAGAGCUUCCGAGGAGGUGCGGAGUCGGUGGCGCUCCGGAGUCCCUGGAUGGUGCUACUAACGGGGAUAUUGCCUAUCAUGGAGCUACUAACGGGGGUAUCGGUUAUCAUGGAGCUACUAACAGGGUGUUUCGUUAUCCUGGUGGUGAAGGUAUCACACGCAGUGCAGAAGAACGUUGUGACCUACCACGCCUACCCCGCCCGUCUGCAACGCAUUAUUCUGCACCUCCCGCGGCUGCCAUCGCCGUUACUGCAGCUGCCGACUCUGCUGCUGUUGCUGCUGGUGCCACGUCACCGCUACCUGCCGAAACAAUGGGGCGGCCGGAUCAGAUCUACGGCUCUAAAUCCAACGCCAUGUGGCCUCGCAGUCAGAGCCACUCCGCAGUAGUGGGGCGACGAGAUUCGAGUGAUGGCUCUGAUACCAUGGGGGGACAGCGCCUGGGCCGGCACCGGCGCAUACGCGCCAUGCUCUCUGAAGGCUCCACACACUGGCCCUGCCUUCCCUGCCUCCUUAUCACCGACAUCACCCCUCUCUCCUCCUCCCUUGUCGUCUCCUCCCUUGUUUCCUCCCGUGUCUCCUCCUCCCUUGUCUCCUCCCUUGUCUCCUCCUCCCUUGUCUCCCCCACCACGGUCCCUGCUGUCAUCCUCAAAGCCCAUCUCUCUGCCGACACCCUCAAAACCUACCCCUCAACUGUCACGUUCCAAACCUGUCACCGGCCGCUCAGCUUCGGGUUUUGA